AUGGGUGUAAAACGAAAGGGUCAUCAUAGGCCGACUGCCAUAUCCCAUGGCCGGCCGCCUCAAUUCCAAAAGCCUGCCGCAUCGCUGUCGUCAAAAGCAACUCGUACUCUCAUUCGAUCUCAUCACCAGCUGCAUAAAGCUCUCGCACAGGCAAAGGCCCGCGGUGACCAUGCUAAGGCUAAAUCGCUCCAACUCGAAAUUGACAGCCACGGGGGACUUGAGAGCUACCAACAAGCUAGCAUCAAAGGACAGUCAUCAGAACGUGGCGGUGAUACGUCUCGACUUUUGAUGGAAUGGCUUCGGACGCUGGAUUUUCCUAAUGUCACCGUUCAUGACAAGCAAAAAAUGCGACUUCUUGAGGUUGGCGCACUUUCAGCCAAUAAUGCCUGCUCUCGAUCAUCUCUAUUUGACGUUACUCGCAUCGAUCUCCAUUCUCAGAGUGCGGAAAUUCUUCAGCAAGAUUUUAUGAAGCGUCCGCUACCCAGAAACGAGAAUGAGAUGUUCGAUAUUAUUUCCCUUUCUCUAGUGCUCAAUUACGUGCCUGAAGCCGCUGGAAGAGGUGAUAUGCUCCGUCGAACGUGCCAAUUUCUGCGACCUUCAUCAAAAUCAGCUGAUUCAUCUGCACCCUUUCCAUGUCUCUUUCUAGUCGUCCCUGCACCCUGCGUCACGAAUUCACGAUACCUGAACGAAUCAAAAUUGUCCGACGUUAUGGGAGCUCUUGGCUACACCAUGAUUAAAAAGAAAAUAUCACCAAAGCUGGCGUACUAUUUAUGGACUUACGAUCAUGAUGCCACAAAGAAUGAUGACACUUUCAAAAAGGUCGAAGUGGCUGGUGGCGCCUCAAAAAACAAUUUUGCUAUUGUUCUGAGAUGA